UUUUCUGCGGUGUGGCAGUUAAAAUACUCUUUAAAAUGUAUUUCCGGGUUUGAUCUGUCGUAAAAGUAUUUUAAGAUGGCGUCAUCGAUGACGCCUGAUUCGCCGAAGCCACUUCCUGUUUAGCCUCUUCCGGUUUGAUGGCGGACGUACGGCAACCUGCUCUUUUUUUUACGCUUAAGAGCGCGAGUCGCCGCCCUCCAAGGGGAAACCAAUCGUCACCCACUGUCACGUGUUUUUGUUUGCGGUUGAAAUCAAGAUGGAGUCGAAGGCGACGCCGUUGCCAUGACAGCCCGUCGCCCUUUUCCGGGCGGCUACGGUUGAAGUCGAUCAAGAGUUGCGCUUUCUGCUGCUGCUGCUGCGUCUGCGUCGUCGCCGUCUUCACAUUCCGCGAUGCAACCCGAAAGUGCAAAUGCGCCGCAGGCGGGGAAGAAGAAGAUGAAGAAGAAGCAGCAGCCCUCCAAGGGCAAAACGUCCGGGGCACCGGCGGACGUCCUGACGACGGAAGACAUGUCCAAGCAGCAGCUGGAGGAGCACGUGAUCCGCCUGCGCGAGGAGCUGGAGCGCGAGCGCGAGGAGAGGAGCUUCUUCCAGCUGGAGCGAGACAAGCUCCGUAGCUCGUGGGAGGUGAGCCAGCGCCACCUGCAGGAGACCCGCGCGCAACUGGCCCAGCGCGCCAGAGAGAAGGACGACGCCGAGCGACGCCACCGCCUGGAGAUUUCAGUGUACUCGCGGAAGCUGAAGUCCGUCCUAUCGGAGCAGCGGGCGGCGGUUGCGGACAAGAAGAUGGACGUCGGCGAGGCGGGCUGGCCGGCGCGCCGACGCCACGCCGACGCCGAGCUGCGUCUGCGCGGGCUCGGACAAAACGCGCGGGCCGACGCCGACCGCGACAAGCUCGGCGGAUACGAGUGCAUCCGGGAGCUCAAACUGAAGCAUCAAGUGGAGCUGAUGGAGCUCAGCAACGAGUACCAGAAAAGGAUCUCAGAGUUGGAGGCCAAGUACGCCGAGAAGGCGGAGCAAAUGCGGCGUGCGGAGAGCGAGAAGACGCGGGCGGCCGUCACGGCGCUGGAGGACGCCGCGCGGCGCCGCCUGGAAUCGCUAACCGACGAGCGGCGGCGAAAGUUCGGGGCGGCCCGGGAAUUCUUCGGCGCGGCGCAGAGCAAACUGGCUCGCGACGGCGGAAGCCUCGGCGGCGAGGCCUCGGCGGCCGGGGGGCGGCGCCGGCGGGCCGACGCCCGCCUGGACCAAGCGCGGGAGCGCAACGCCCGGCUGGCCGCGUCCCUGCGGGAGGCCCAGCGCCACCUUCCGGACCUCCGCCGGCGGCUGGACGGCCACUGCCGGGCGCGCUCUCGACAGGCGGCCAGCGCCGCCCGUGUCAAGCAGCUGGAGGAGGAGCUUGAGGACGUGGUCCUGGAGCGAGACCUGCUCAUCGCCGCCUUUGCGCAGGUGGAGGAGGAGCGAGACGCGCUCCUCCGCAAGCAGACGGAGGUCCUGCUGGAGGUCCGGCGGAGGAGCGACCUGAAGGAGAUGCUCCUGGACCGCAAGAUGGCUUUCCUGAGUCACUCGGUGGACAGGGAGGGGGCGGCGCUUCGCCGCGAUCCGGACGCGUCCUCCGUCUUCCCGCCGCCAGACGCGCGGCUCACGCUGUGACAUCGGCCACGCCUGCCGUUACCGUUUUGUCCCCCCCAUAGUUCCUUUUGUGUUGCAUUUUAUUUUCACAGGAUAAACAGGAAGUGGAGGCGGUAAAAA